UUUUUAUUUUUGUACAUUGUUUCAUGUUACCCACGUAGUAUGUAAUGCAGCAAGACAAAAAUUGUUCCCGACUAGAUUUCCUCAUUCCCCAAGUUUGAAAGAUUAUCCGAUUUAACUAUUACCUACAUACAGUGUGUUACAGCAAGACAAAGACCGUUUUUCCGACUAGAUUUCCUAAUUCCCACAGUUUGAAAUAUUACCCGAUUUAACAGAAAUUGUAAAGCAAGCUAAUGUUUUUUUUUUUCAUAAGCCAUAUUUAACAGAGACCCAUCUGUUAAAUGAAUUGAACUGUGAAAUAACAAUGUUACAUAGACUUUCCUUUCCUUAAGGAAGAGGAAUCCAUGCAAAUGAAAUGCUAAAAAAAUUGUCACAUAGAUCUUUCAAUGACCGUUCCAUUAUAGGGAACAGGGGAUAUUUCUCUUAUAUCAAUAAGUGCAGUCCGAUUAAUGUAUUCAAGUUAAUGAUAAGAGACCACCUUUUCUAUGCCGAGUCCGAAAGGCGUCCCGCUUAGCGACACCACUUGGUAGAGAACUUUUACAUGAGAGGCUACCUCACUAAUGUUGACAGCAUUAGUGAGGAAAUAACCACCGCUGAAAAAAUUUUCUUAUGUUAUCGGUGCGACUAUAAUAUUAUGCUAAUAAUCCCGCUACAAAAUAAGCUUUCUUCGGCAGUCAACUGCUGCCAACAUUACUUUUUUUCCAGUGUGGUGAAAAAUAUAUUCGUGUUCAUUGGCUGGCCAACCGAAAGCAAAAAUUAAGCAUGUUGUUUUUUUUUGUACAUUAUUUGAUGUAACCUACAUACAUAUUUUCAAUGGUCUUGCUUAUUUAAAAUAUUGCUGAAUAGACAUUCGAAAUAACUAUGGUAGAAGAAUGUCAGACCUUGUUUUAGCUCAGUUGCAAUUCUUUAGUUUAAGUGAAAAAAUCUAUAGAUUCCUAAGUGCACUUGCAGAUAGGUUUAAAAAUGCAUUAUUAUGGAAAGGUUUUUUAUGUUGCAAUGGCUUUCAUCGUGGCGUUGAUAAUUGAGGACACACUUUGUCAGUCGCCAAAUUUAUUACAUUUUGGUGCUUCGACAGAGCCAGAAUACUACAGGAUGGCAGGAAAUGAGUAUCAAAUGGAAGAACUGAAGCGCACUCCAAGAUCGUUUUGGAAAAAACUGUUUAAAAAUGGUUUAUUUGGCGACAGAACAUGUAACUACGAAACCGAAGAUGGUACAGCGCCAUCUUUCGAACCAUUUCAAUCUUUACAAUGUUGGCGACCCUUUCAACCCUUCCCACUAUUCUCCAAUUGUGCAAGAUGCCCGUGUCCAGAAAGUCCCACGUUUAGUUAUGAUAACGAACAAAGCAAUAUUCCGAACAGCUAUGACGAAAACGAGAGUGAUAGCACUUACGUUCCUGCUAAGGAAGAAUUAGGCAAUCAGAGUUCAGAACCUGUUGAAAAUAAUAUGGCUAAUCCAACAUAUGAUGUUCCAGCUGAUUAUUCAGCAAAUAACAAGCCGAACAGCGUCCAACCGCAGAUAUACGAAAAUGAAGGCACUGAUACGUCCAGCAGGAAAAUUCCUCAGAUAUUUUAUCAACCAAUAAUUUAUGUUUCACCACAAUUUCAAGAGCACACAAAUACAAUCUAUCCGGACGACUGCAAAUCGUUGCCAGGCAACCCAAAUAUCGGACCGUCUAAAUACUCGUUGCCCCCUUUAAAUGAAAUGCCAGUAGUCCCAUCGAAACAGCACGUACCCUAUUCAACAUCUAUGGUGAUCCCCCUUACACUAGAUGAUCAGCCUUACCGAACGUGUCCGGAACUAUUUGAAGACUAUAACCGGCGCUUAAAUAAACUGUGUCUCUGCGCACAACCGCAAAGUUGCUAAAGACAGAAAGUGUAUCCCAUCUUAUAUGUAAAGUUAAUAAAUCAUAAAUUUUUGA